CACUCUCUCAGUAUUCCAUAGUAGACUCACAGUAUAUCUUCAGGCUAUUAGCAAGCAAAUUAACUCUAAGGUAGAAGGUCCCGACGAAUACGAGAGAACGCAAAUCAGUCCUCGGCUUUUGCAGAAGUAAAUGCGGAAUAAUGGAAUACUUUUCCCUGGGUGUCUGAACCGGCUGUGUUGUUCAACUGGGGUCUUUGUUCUUCUUUGAUCAUAUCUGAUUGUUAUUGAAAGGGAAAGUAAAGCCUACACUGGCUUUGAACCUUGGCUUUACAUUCGCGGAUGAAAUCUUGCAUCUAUUUGCCACUUGAAUAACACCAACGAGGUGUCGCGUUGCCUAUUCACAAGGCUGCUCUCGAGUUCUCUCAUAGGCUAACCUCUUCUUGGGAACACUUACUCUUGGGUCGGAACUAUGAUGUGGACUUUGUUUGCUGUUUUUACCUGCACUGGACUAUCUGGUAUUCUUGCAGAUGUGGGUCGUGUAGGGGGGGUAGCCGCUCGCUGUGAGAGCCAGGCGUGUAACCCCCGAAUGGGCAAUCUGGCGCUAGGUCGCAGGGUCCUGACCCAGACCGUGUGUGGCUACAAGGGCACUGAGCCCUACUGCUCCUACUCUGACCCCUCCUCCUCCUCAGCGCCCUGCCCCCCGGCCAGGUGUGGGGAGUGCAACGCGGCCCUCCCCCUGCAGGCCCACCUGGCUGCAGCCAUGGCCGACUCCUCCUUCCGCCACCCCAACACCUGGUGGCAGUCAUCCGGGGAAGUGGAGUCUGAGACUCUGCAGCUGGAUCUGGAGGCAGAAUUCAUCUUCACCCACCUGAUCAUGGUGUUCCGCUCGUCCCGCCCUACCGCCAUGACCCUGGAGCGCUCGCAGGACUUCGGGCAGACCUGGAAGAUAUUGCAGUACUAUGCCAGGAACUGUAGCGCCACCUUUGGACGGGAGGAGGGAAAGGCAGUGCUGGACAGGGCCCCCUGCACCUCCAAAUACUCUGGAGCUUACCCCUGUACCAGGGGAGAGGUGAUCUACCGUGCCCUCCCCCAAUGGGAAUCUCUUGACCCGUAUGGGGUGGCAGGCCAGGAGCAGCUGAGGGUGACCAACGUGCGCAUACGUCUGCUGGAGCGCCAAUCCUGUCCCUGCCAGGCCAAAGAUCCCACCGUUGGAGCCCCGCCCACCCAGCACUUCGCCAUUUAUGACCUCAUCGUGAAGGGCAGCUGCUUCUGCAACGGGCACGCCGAGCAGUGUGUCCCCGCGCCCGGCUACCGCCCUGUCAGGGACAGAACUAACCACAUGGUUCAUGGGAAGUGUGUGUGUAGGCACAACACUGCAGGUGUUCACUGUGAGCGCUGCGCUCCACUCUACAACGACCGACCCUGGCAACCUGCUGACGGACUCACAGGGGCUCCACACGAGUGCAGGAAGUGUAAGUGUAACGGGCAUGCCCAGAGCUGCAGUUUUGAUUGGUCGGUGUGGCGGGAGUCCGGCCAGCGCAGCGGAGGUGUGUGUGAGUGUCUACACAGCACAGAGGGACGCAACUGUCAGAGCUGUAAGACUGGCUUCUACAGAGACCCCCAGAGGGCGCACACGGCCCAGGACUCCUGUAAAUCAUGUGGCUGCCACCCCCUGGGUUCAAUACCAUUCCACCUGGGCGGGGGGUCUCUCUGUGACCCUACCAACGGAGACUGUGUCUGCAAGCCCGGCGUGGGGGGCUUCCACUGUGACAGGUGCAUGGUGGGAUACUGGGGUUUCCAUGACUACGGCUGCCGUCCGUGCGACUGUGCAGGAGACUGCGACCCCUUUACAGGAUACUGCAUGUCUGGGUCAGAUCUGGACCUGUAUAAUCUGGAGGGUAACUCCAGUGAGCUGGUGAGGAUCUUUAAGGCAGAUGAGCUCUUUUCUGCCCUACACUACUCAGAGAAAUGUGAGUGUAAGGAGCAGGUCCUGGCUAACAGCAAACUCUUCUGCACCAUGAAGUUUGCCUAUGUGUUGAAGGUUAAGGUCUUGUCAGCCCAUGAUAAGGGCUCCCAUGCUGAGUUGGAGGUGAAGGUUCAGAAGGUGUUGAGUCAGAGCACUAAGGUGAAGAUCCAGAAAGGACGAGUCACACUCUACCCAGAGUCCUGGACCGCACGGGGCUGCACCUGCCCCAUCCUCAACCCAGGUGGGGAGUACUUGGUGGCAGGCCAUGCAGACAGGAAGCAGAACCGUCUUAUCGUCAACAUGAAGAGCUUCGUCAAGCCCUGGAGAGCCAGUAUUGGACGCAAGGUCCUCACACUAAUGAAGAAAGACUGCACCUGGUAAACAGACUGGAGGACACUGGGAGUUGGACAGACUGACUAAUAGAUGGAGAAAGAAGACACUGCCAUUCAUUUGUUUUUGCCUUCUCUGGAGGGGGAAUUGUCUUAUUGAGGUGGGGACUAAACAGACUAUAAACGCCCACCCCUAUCUGCCCUGGGCCAAUAAGAGUGUGUGGCUGGCAGAGAGAACAUACACACACUCUAUGAGCCUCGGUUUGAGUGACAGUUCGGCCCUCUCUUCCAAGCACACAUACACACCCAGCCACUCCCUCUCUCUAGCACUUUAGCCCAUGGCAGAAGGGCCAAUAGGAUCAUGGGUUGACCUCAAGACUGGACAACAGAAGGACACAUUUGACCCCUUGUGACCCCUGUAGGAAGGCUUGUGGUGGAUGGUGACCUAUGCCUCAUUCCCCGAUGUGUUCUGUUACAACAAACUGUCUGUCCAGCUGUGUAACAGACACAGAUGUGUACAUACAGAAUGAUGUUGAAUAAGCCAUGCAUGCCACUACAGGUGGUUGAGUCCAGGUGUGUUUGCGAAUGUGUAUGUGUGUUGUGAACUCUGUCUGUGUGUGUGGCUGCGUGUCUGAUGAGCACAAAUCCAUCCAGCUUCAGUCCAACUCAUCCAUUUUUGACUCUGACAUUUGGGCAGGAUAACCUAUAGAGAUGUAGCAUCUCUUGUGGAGGGGUUCCUGAUAAAAACAGUCCUAUCACAACAACAUACACCACUGAAUAUAUAUAUAUAUAUAUAUAUAUAUAUAUAUAUAUAUAUAUAUAUAUAUAUAUAUAUAUAUAUGUAUAUAUAUAUGACAAUACACAUAUUACCUCCCAAUAUGUAAUACUGCUGUGACCUACAGAGCCCUGAAUUCAUCUCUAUUCCUUCCUAUGUCUGCUCCUGUACAGUAUUACUUGUAUAUAUCUAUAGAAAUAUGAUGAUGUCCUCUCUCUUUAUUUGAUGAUGUGUUAAUGUAAUAAUGUCAUUCCGGUCAAAUGUUGAGGCAUUACAUUUUCUUUAGAUUUCUUCACUGUGGAAAAAACCUUGUACUCCGGGUUAGUGAGGACACAAGACCGAUAAGUGAAAGCACACGCACGCACACAUACCGACUACUGUUUAUAGACUCUAAAACAACAUAGCUAGAUUUCUCCAUCAGGAGCCUUGGAAUACCUCAGAUUAGUUUGAUGAAAAUAUCCAUAUCAUCCUUCCUUUCUCUCCUGCUCCUCCUCCUGUCUAUCUCUCCCUCACCAGAUUAGGUAAUAAUACACCACUCCCCCUCUCCCAAAACACUGACCACAUUCACACAGACUCAGGGAAUGUUGACCAUAACAGAGAGAUGGGAGAGCAGACAGAAUGUUUGGCUUGAGGGAGAGGGUGAUUGCUGCGGCAUUCCGGACCAUUCCUGGCGUUCUCGUCAGAUUGACGUGGAUGAGCUGAAGGUGCCGAGGUAUUCCACACAUGCCAGGUGUGGGUAGUCCAGCUCCACUCCUGGUCAGGUCAGAGUUCACAACCUACUAUGGUGACCCUGCACACUUGGGGAGAUCACAGGAGUGGGAGGCAGAGGUGUGGGUCAAGAGUCAAGGCCAUGGGGAACUGAACUGCCCUUGGAACAGAGACACCACAGUGAGCCACACCCCCCCCCACUGGGAACACAGUGGUUGAAUCAACGUUUCUUCAACCAGUGUUGCACCAACAUUGAAUUGACAUCUGUGGGACCUGACUACUGCAGCUGGAUCACACAACACAUCCAUAUCAGCUACUGCCCUCCAUCUCGCUCUCUCUCCUCCGCUCGUGGGACUGAGGAGUGUAUGAUGUGAGAAGGUUGACUAGUAUGUGUGUGUGUUUGGUCUCUGUGUGUAUACAGUGUCUGUUCAUUAGGGUUAAGUGCAUUGCUCAAGGGCACAUUGACAUAUUUUUUAGCACCUAGUAAGCUCGGGGAUUCGAACCAGCAAGCUUUCGAUUACAGGCCUAACAUUCUUAAAUGCUAGGCUACCUGGCACCUUGUGUAACAUCCACCCAGACCGCUGUGUUGUAUAAGGGGAUAGAGAGACAGGAAAACGGAGAGAUGGGAGGGAGAAAUAGGGGGUGGGGAAAGAGGACAAUGUGGGUCAAGAGAAAGGAGAAAAGAGGAGAACAGGGGAGACACACACCAGCCUGAUCCCAGACCUGUUUCAUGUAUAAGGAGGAGACAGGAUGGGGAAAGGGAGAGAUGCCCUACUGAGAGGGAAUGAGCAUUAUGUGGUCUUAUCCUAUCCGCUCCUGAUUCAGUUAGAGAGGAAAUGAAGAGAAGGGAAACCUGACUGGAACUAUCAACUCAGAGUCUCAAUCACUGAUCCUAAAAAUACCACAGCUAUUCUGUCCUAUGUAUCUAUCAAACCAUUCACACACACACACACACACACACACACACACACACACACACACACACACACACACACACACACACACACACACACACACACACACACACACACACACACAUUCACACACACAUGCAGGAACACUUCUUUAUCAAAAGUGGCCUACAUCAAAAGAAGCCAGAACUGGGCCUUGUUGACACAGCAGGGUGAUUGAGACACAACUUGUGAUUAUGAUACUUCCAAGAAAAUGAGCCCCUGAUGUCAUCCACCUAUUACAACAACAUGUACACAGAGUGAGUGACACAGCGAGUGACACGCAAGAGAAAGGUGCUGACAGACAGACAGACGGGUGGGCAGGCAGACAGGCAAGCAGACAGACAUAAACCAUUAAGACAUGUACCAAUGAACACAUAAAUGCUACAAACAUAAACCAUAAUUAUGGGGAAUGUAUUUAUUUACUGGUUGUAAAACAUUUCCUCUCA